GGUUUAAUUGGUUAUGGACGGAAUAGAAGAAACUUUCGCUUAACCGACUUCCGUAUCUAGUAGUAGGGGAUCACUGAUACCUCCGGUCAAUGGCCUAGGUAUAUUUAGCUAAGAAAGCUGCUGUAAUACAUGAAACACAAGUUAUUUAAGUUUGGUGUUCGGAAUUUGUGACCCUUCAUUAAAUUCCUAUGCUUAUUACCAGUUUCUAGUAACAGGAAUUUUUUGGUAACACUAGGGGGAUUCGGUAGGAAACAUUUCUAGUCAAUUAGUUUCAUCCUUGUUAUUGUGAAAAUUGAAGAGCUCACUACGGUUCACGUCACUUUUCUUUCACUACUUAUCUAUGAGUUUUGGGAUAGUUAAUAGUUGCUUUAAAAUACCAGGUUGUAUGGAAUCAGAUAUAAGUUGCUUCAGUUGUUUUGAUUGUUUUCCAAAUAUGCUUUUACUGGUUACAAUUCGUUUCCAUCCUGUAUGUUUAUUUAAAUAAUUGAUUUUCUAUCUAGAUCCCUGUUCUAGUCAUUUUCUCUAGUUUUUUGCAUCAUGUUUCUAUACUGCAGAUGCUUCGCCAUUCACUAAGCACUUAAACUCAACCACGUCUUGAGGGCCGUGGAAAAACUGAAUUAGUUCUGGCCUUAGUAACUCGGGAGCGUGACCGCGAAGCCCAGAGAACAACUGUUUAAGACCAGUCUCGCAAAGUCUUUUUAUGGGAAGUCUAUAGUGUGUUAGCUCCGCACUUCAAAAGAACUUACCAUCAGAGACGGAAAUCCAUGAGGUGAAGUUGUAUCGCAUUUGAAGGUUGGCCUUUUCUGACCACAGCAUCGUUUCAGAUCCUGGUUGUCCGAAGGAAACACGUUACCACUGUCAUGUGUUUCUGCAGUCAGCAGUACGGCUUCGCGCUCCGACCUCAAUUUGCUGCUCAUAGUCUUAAAGCUUUCCAACCGACUUGCUGGGUAUGAUAAGACCUUAAGGAAUAUAUGUUCUAGCCAACAGCUCGUUGGAGUCAUCACGAUAGGCAAGCCUGACUACCACGUCAAAGUAGUAGCUACGAUCGGGUCUAUCCAGAUCCCUGUUUCAGUUACCUGCUCCCGUUUUUAGUAUUCUGCUUCCAUACUGUAGACGCCUCGUCAUACACUAAGCAUUUAAGCUUCGAUUUUUCCAGUUAAUGGGACUCGUUAAACUCACUUUAUGCGAAAACGAAAUUUAAUCGUUUAUCACUGAAUAACUCACCAUACGAUAGCUUUGUUAACCGAAUCAUUUCUCUCAUCACUUGUAGACGAAGAAACGACUGGAACUUCAUUUGUUCAAACUUUAUUACAAUGAUUUGGAAAUUAGACAUGUACGUGAGGAGCUCAAACAAAGAGAAGAAGCUGUUGCUGCUGAACAUGAACAGCGUCAGUUGAUUGAAGAAGAAAUGAAGGAGAAACGUCGUGAAUUAGGCAAAAUCAAUCGAGAUCAGUCAUCUCUAGAACAAGAAAUUAAGAAAUGUGAGCAAAAGAUUGGGAAGAGGAAACCUGAAUUUAUUAAAGUUUCGCAACUCUUGCGUCAUGUUAGCGAAAAGCACAAAGAGUCCAAGUAAAAUUGAUUUCAUGCAUUGAUUUUUUUUCCUAAUCUUAAUUUUUUUAAUCAAAGAAAAUCCUUGGAGAAUGCUAGACAACUGCAUAGUACACAUCUACAAGAAAUCGAUCAGUUAGAGGCAGAAUAUGAGAAGAUAUCUGAUAUACAACGAGAUUAUGAGCAACAACAGUCUAAAAAAUCACUUGAACAAGGUCGAGACCUAGAACUAGAGGAAACUCAGGUUUGUCUAUAUCCCAUUAGAUAUAUAUGUAUCGCUGUGCCUAGUCGACAUCACAGUCAGCUCUUUAGUUGAAAAUAGCCGAUCAUCUUUGACUCAUAGACUUCAUCUUCAUACAUUUUAUGGUACUCAGUGAAAUCAUAUUUAUAUGGUACUUGGUUUUGAUUAUACAUGAAUCCCAAGAGGCUAUCGUAACUACUAAAUGGGACAGUAAACUUUAACUAAUAUACUGGAAUCAGUGAGAGUAGAGUUUCUAUCACUGAAAUCCUAAUAGAUAAAGUUAAGCUUCUUGAGCUGAGCAAAUACAUCUUCAGUUCAACUGUUGACAAUAGUUUUUUAUCUAAAACUUUAAAGGUUUCGUUAUUUUUUUAUUGAAAGAAACAGCAUAUUAACUGUUGAAUGAAUUUAAAUGCCCAGCCAGUUCGGGUUUGAAGCGAAUCUCGCCUAGGAAAAUAUGUAAUCAUUUAUUUCAUCAUCACAAUAGACGAAAAAUGGUUUCCUACACGAGAACGUGUAAUUUCUUAAUAAGCAGAGUUGACUUAAAAAUCAAAUAGUUCUAGGUUAGUUAGCCAGAACAAAUCUGUAAAUUCGUAGGGAAAGGACUGCAACUUAGUUGCCUAGAUCUAAUUCGAUGUUACAAGCUUGAAAUUCAUGACCAACUGGUUGCGAAUUGAGUGUUUAAAAUUUAUAUUUGUGGUAGCCGUCUAAAACCUCAACAAUGUUCCAUUCGAUACUGUAGUCAGAUGUUAUGUUGCUUAAACUCCGUUAACUACAAAGUGCUUACAGACAUUAUUGUUAUAUCCUAACGAAUAAUAAAUGAAUGGUAACUACUAGGAGUUAUUUACGAACUGGUAUAUAUAUAUCUUAUUGCAUAACUGUUAAGUAACUAGAUUACAUACUUAUAUCUCUUUUAUUAUAAGCCUUUAUUUGACCUACUGGCUAUUACGAUACUAUUCGCCAUUCUUAACUUAUUCCAGAUUUGUUAGUUACAGUCUCACACAACCACUUUUGGGUUGAUAUUAUAUAAUUGUUAUUUUCUAUUUUGUGGUAUGAUGCGGUCUGAUUUGCUUGUAUAUAAACUGCGUAUAUCUGAAAUACAUGAUUUAUGCAGUAUAAGCUGAUAUUAUGUUCUGAACUCAACGGGCUGAGCAAAACAAGAACAACCAAUAAGGACUCGGAGUUGACUCUAGGUUUCUCGUGCUGUUUAACGCGUCAUUGGUUUGGCACAGGACCAAUGUCAUAUGAAUUGGUGUUUUAAUUGCCGAUUUAGUUACGUAGUAAUUGACAUAACAUUUAUGUUUAACAGAAAUAAUUUGUGAGGACAUUAAUUUAUGCUGCUUACUAUUUUAUUCAUUUAUCCUUAUUAUUUUAUGCCAAUUUUUUCGGGGGAUCAGUUGUCUGAAUAUCAUCGGUUAAAACAAAAGGUAGCUGAACGAACAUCACAUUUGUCUGCUGUGCUAGACAAUUUAAAUCGUGAGUACAAUGAACAGAAAGAUUUAUAUGAUGCAUUGUACCGAAGAAAAAAUGAAAUUGAAAGUUCUUUGAAACGUAAAGAAACUGAAUUAAAUGAAAAUAAAAAACGCUUGCAAAAAUUAUUGGAGUAUAUUGACUCAAGUAAUCGUGCUAUAACCGAACAACGUGAAACAGAAAAAGCUAUUCGGGAAGAAGUUGAAUUGGCCACUAGACGUAUUGAUGAAAUUAAUGCUGAGUUAGAAACUGUUGUUUGUCAGCUUGGUGAAGCAAAAGUUGAACGACAUGAAUCAUCUCGUGCAGCUAAAAAACAAGAGCUUAUUGAAAAUUUAAAACGUCUUUUUCCUGGAGUUCAUGGCCGAUUACUGGAAAUGUGUCAACCAUCACAUCGCCGUUAUCAAGUGGCAAUUACGAAAGUCCUUGGCAAAUAUAUGGAUGCUAUAGUCUGUGAUAGUGAAAAAACAGCUAAAGAGUGUAUUCAGUAUAUGAAAGAUCAGCGUAUUGAACCAGAGACAUUUUUACCACUUGACUUUUUGGAUGUGAAGCCAAUUGACGAGAAAUUACGUGAAAUCAGUGAUCCACCUAAUGUUCAUUUAGUAAUUGAUGUUAUCCAGUGCGAUCCAAUUAUAGUAAAGAAGGCGUUAACAUUUGCAUGUGGCAAUGCAUUAGUAUGUGAAACUGUCGAACAUGCUCGUUAUGUUGCUUAUCAUAUGGGUGACAGAAAGAAGACUGUUUCGUUAGAAGGCACUCUCUUUCAACGUUCUGGUGUUAUAUCCGGUGGUGCAAGUGAUUUAAAAGCUCGCGCUCGCCGUUGGGAUGAGAAACAGAUAAGUACACUUAUGUCUAAACGAGAUGCUCUACAAAAUGAACUGAAAGAACAAUUAAAACGUAAACGUAAAGAAGCUGAAUUGCGAACUAUUCAGUCACAAAUCAAAGGUCUAGAUACUAGACUAAAGUAUACAUUAAAAGAUAAAGAUAGCACGGAAGAGAAACUUCUUAGUACAAACGAAGAGGAAAUGAAUCAAAUCGCUCGUGAAUUAGAAGAAGUUGAAGAAAGUUUAGGUCGUUGCCAGACAAAAAUGCAGGAAUUACAAAUAUCAGUUAAUGCCGAAAAAGCUAAAAUGGAUACUGUGGAGGAUACUGUGUUUCAUGAUUUCUGCGUACAAAUCGGUGUAGAAAACAUUAGGCAAUAUGAGGAUCGAGAGUUGAGAGUUGCUCGUGAACGUGAUCGUAAACGGCUUGAGUUUACAAAUCAACUUCAAAGAAUAAAUAACCAACUGGAAUAUGAGCGAUCACGAGAUACUGAAGCAAAUGUUAAACGUUGGGAAGAGACUGUUUCCGUUGAACGAACUGAAAUGGAUAAAUGUAAAAAACAGGAGAAAAAAAUUAAGGAAGAAAUGGAACAAGAAGAGAAAAAGAAGACAGAGGUUGAAUCACGUGUCGGUGAAUUGAAAUAUCGUGCAGAAAUGCUUGAUGGAGAAUUAGGUGAAAUUCGUAGACGUUUAGUGAAUAAACAACGUGAUAUUCAAAAAUUACAGAAGGAUUUGAAUCAAGCCGAAGCGAAAUUAGAAUCUAGACGAGCUGAACGUCAUUCACUUUUACAAGCUGCUAAGAUGGAGGAUUUAGAUCUGCCAUUGAAACAAGGUUGUGAUCCAAUUCCUGAAUUGAAUAGUCAGUUGACAGAUAGUGAAAAUAUGGAUCCUAGUACAGAGGAGAUGGCUCAUAUUUAUGAAUUGGAAGCUCGUUUACCGAUUGAUUUCAAACAUCUUGAUAAGCCUUUACGACAAAUGACUGAUGAGAAAGAAGUCAAUAGAAAAGCUGAAGAAAUGCAAAAUCAAGUUGAUUCAAUGUUAAAUAGUUUGGCUCGUAUACAAGCUCCAAAUUUACGAGCAGGUGAUAAAUUAGGCAGUGUUGAAGAACGCCUACGAUCAACUGAAGCUGAAUUUGAAGAUACACGACGUAGAGCUAAACGGGCUAAAGCUAGAUUUGAACGUGUUCGUCGGUUACGAUAUAAUGCAUUUAUGAAUUGUUUCAAUUCCAUCGCUGAUAAUAUUGAUCCGAUUUAUAAAAGUUUAUCAAGAAAUCCUGGUGCUCAAGCUAGUUUAUUGCCAACUAAUGCAGAAGAACCAUAUUUAGAAGAGAUACAAUUUCAAUGUGUUGCACCUGGUAAACGUUUUCAACAAAUGGAUAGUUUAUCCGGUGGUGAGAAAACAAUAGCUGCAUUAGCUCUACUUUUUGCAAUGCACCGAUAUAAUCCAUCACCAUUCUUUGUACUAGAUGAAAUUGACGCUGCAUUAGAUAAUACGAAUAUUGGUAAAGUUGCCAGUUUUAUACGUGAAUAUGCUUCAGCACGUGCACAAAUUAUUGUUAUUUCACUGAAAGAAGAAUUCUAUAGUCGUGCUGAUAGCUUAAUUGGUAUUUAUCCAGAUAUUGAAAAUAAUUGUCUUGUCAGUCGUGUUUUAAGCUUUGAUCUGUCGAAAUAUAUUGAUACCGGUGAACAGUAACCAGUAAACACCGGCUUGUGGGGCAGCGAACACACUCAGAUAGUUGUGCAUUUCUUUUAUACCUUAAUUAAUUUAUUUUAUCUAUUCUAGGUUGUAUUCCAAUAUCGUAAGGAUUUAUUCUAUUCUAUUUCACUAAUUUUUUUAUAAUUUUAUUAUCUACAAGUGGGCAAUAUCACUUACCUUCGCUCAGUAAAUACGGCAACAGAUAUUCUAUUUUUUGUUGUUGUUAUACAUAGAAUUAUGAUAAUUCUCCUUCAUCAGUCAACUAACCGUAUAGUACUGAUAUGUUUUAUUACAUUUUUUACUAACCAUUAAAAUCUUGUGUUCAUCCUAUAUUUACGUGUGUAUAAUCUACUCUGUACAAUUGUUAUUGUAUUUUUAAAUAAUAUAUUUUUUGAUAAAAUAUGUUUUUUUU